AUGGAUAACAGCUAUGUUUCUCCGGUGCUAAAUAUUCAACAGCUUAUUGAUGAUUGGAUGGAAAAUAACACCAAUAAUUCCUUUAUAAUGAAGAUGUGCAUUAUAUGGAAUUUAUGGAAGAUGAGAAACGAUAUGGUUUUUUCCCAGGAUACCCGAUCUCAUCAAUGGUCGCCUCCACAUAUCCCUUGUGUCAAGAUCAACGUUGAUGCUGCUUUCAUUCCUAACAAUGGAGCCGCGGGAGCUAUUGCAAGAGACCACAAUGGAGUGUUUCUAGGAUGUGGUACCUGUAAUUUUGACUCUACUUCAUCCUUAUUAGUAGAAUCCUUGGCUUGUAAAUUAGGAUUGGAGCUAGGGAAAAGAUUGGGUCUGGAAGAAUUUAUAAUAGAAGGGGAUGCCACAAAUGUUACUUCUGCUGUUCUUGGAGAAGUUUCGCAAAUUCCUUGGAGUAUCAGAUCUACAAUUUUAGAAGUUAGGAAUAUGGCAUCAUCUUUUAUCAAUGUUUCUUUUGUUUCUUUUCCUAAAAAUGCUAACAAUGUGGCACAUGUUUUAUGCCAGCAUGCUAUGCAUGAGAAUGUAAAUAUGUGGUGGAAUGCAGAUUCUCCACCUCUAUGUAUCCUUUCAAACCUCUAUUCUUGA